AUGUCUGCAUCAAAACCAUCGCAAUCGGAAUACGUGACAUUGGUCUCAGGCGAUGGAUUCGAAUUUGUAAUUCCUCGAAGCACGGCCUGUGUCUCCGGCACGAUACGCCGCAUGUUGGAACCUUCGAGUCGAUUCUCAGAAGCCGUCACCGGUCGUUGUGUCCUCGAGAACAUCAGUGGCAUCGUCCUAGAGAAAGUGUGCGAGUAUUUCUGCUACAACGAGAAGAACAAGAAUCAGACUUAUGUUCCGGACAUGGAUAUUCCGCCCGAGUUGUGCCUGGAAUUGCUGAUGGCGGCGGAUUAUCUGGAUACAUGA